CUCUCUUUCAAACAGAUCUGAACAAAUUAAUCUCCCUUUCAAUACCUUCCUCUCAAACAGACCUGAUUCGUCAUCUACAUCUACGUAAACCCACAUCUUUUAUCUAUCUAUUUUUUAUUUAAAAUAUUUGAUAUACAACACGUAAACACCCGAGGCCCUCUCUUUCCUCUCAUCAGAAAAGAAUCUAGCUAGCAUACGGUUUGACUGAGCAAGCACUUGACUUUUGUGAUUCUACUUUUGCAGUUGUUUGAGGUCAAUUCUAAUAAUCAGCAGCAAACAAAGAAAGCAAAUGAUGGCAUCUGAUUUUUUUAUCAUCGAUUUAUCCGUCAAACUUCCGACCAUGAUUUCACCGUUUAAUUAAAGAUAUAAGAAAAAUGCUAGGAGCUCACGGCGGCGACGGCGAUGGAAACGAUCCGCACCGAUCGUGGUGGAAGAAAAUAACAGGCUGCAAAAACAGCGGGUCGAAGAAAACACCACCACCACCAAGAGGGGCAGCCAAACAUCUAAACCUUGAGGCUGCCUUCAAGAAAAAUGGAGGCCCGUUACCCAUGUACUUCGAUUACAAAUCAAAGACCUUUCAGUCGAUCGGGGACUACGGGGCUAUGUACAAAUCUUUGUGAGGCUCAUUGAUCGGAGAUGUCCCCCAGUACUACGAGUCAUGGGACGAUGUGCCUGAGUCUCUGAGGGACAAUAUCUUGGAGGAAAUACAGCGCUGGUUUGCGAUGGACCAGUACUUAGAGCUUGAUGAGGACGACCCCACCCGGAAGGCAGCAAAACAGGCUUCUGUGCUGAUGCAGCUAGCAUAUAUAGGCAGAGAAAGUCAAAAUUCAAAUCUCAGCAUUUUACAGCACGGGGGGGUGUAGGCGCAGCAGAUACCCUGCAGACAGCACCGCCAGCUGGUAUGGACCCGGAAGAGUGGGGAAAACUAUUGCGUUUCUAUACGAGGGAUGACCGGGUCAAGCGGGCCGAGACAAACAAGACAAACCGGUCCAAACAGGCGGUGGGGACUCAGGGUCGGCGAUCUAUUUCUCUUGCCCACGAUCGGGCAUUGGCCAAGCACCAUAACGAAAAGAAGGAGGGGCCACCGCCCACGUGGGAGUCGACUUGGGCGGCAACCCACAGACUACAACCUCCGGAAGUUGCGUCCCGUCUGGAAGCUGCGCAGGUGAGACAUUCACAGGAUCCUGCACCGACACCUCCAACCCAGUUGUUCCCGGAAGCGUUUAGAUCGCGAUCGGGACAUCAGCGCGGACUAGGGAGGAUUCUUAGGGGUUUCGGAUCCCAUGAUUUCCCUGUUGAGUUGCCGCAACCACAUUAUGGACCUCCGGAAGGCCAAUCUGGAUCGUAUUCUGUCCCGUCUGGAUCCUCCUCCGUCCCGUCUGGAUCCUAUUCUGGCCCCUCUGGAUCCCAACCUUCCGGCUACUAUGUUGACUUGAACCAGCCUGGUGAUGAGUAUUUCGACCCCCGCCAGUUAUGGGAUGGGACAUCGGCGCAUUAUGGACCUCCAUCAGGGGAAUUUGGUAGCUUGUCGGAUAUGAGUGGAUUUUUUAGUGGAACAGCCUCUGUAUCCGGACCAGGUGUGGGUGAUGAUAAUGCCGGUGAGGACGACGACGGUUCCGGUGAUUAGACUUUUUUUAUUUGUACGAAGUAUGGA